AUUCACAAAAUUACAUGUUUUCUAAUUUGAUUUGACCAUGUUAUUGUUGAUGUAAAGAAUGGUAUAUUAAGUCUGGUAAGAGAUAUCAAAUUCUUCUUAAUGAAAUUAUGAUUGUUUGAAGUAGAAAAUUUGUGGAUGUAAGGAUUAUUAAAUUAAGUCUGCUAUAAAUUUGCCGACCCUAGCAAGGGUGUGCAAUCUGUGAUUUUGCAGAGGGUUCGAAUAGAUUCCCAAUGAAUUCUCAUUGACCAUGGCAUUGUAGAUGUAAUAAUUGAGGAGGUAUUAUUGGUUUUAUUAAUUUAACAAUCUAUCUAUUUUGUGUUUUCAUAAGACGGAUAUGGUUGCUUCAAAAUCAACCGAUCUGCUUGAAUCCUGCUAAUGCAUUGACUUUGAAGCAAUAGCAUUAUUAUGCUAUAUACCGACAACCAUAUUUUUACCAAUCUCUCUAUCUCUCUAUCUCUCUCUCUUAAUCUCCUUUGUUAAGCUGCUUCCAACCAUGACUACAACAAACUCUCAUGUUAUAACAUGCAAAGGCAUUGUAAGUUGGGGAAAAGGGGAGCCAUUGAAGGUGGAAGAGAUACUAGUAGAACCACCAAAAUCAAAUGAAGUUCGAGUUAAAAUGCUAUAUGCCAGUGUUUGUCGUACUGAUUUAUUGUUUGCCAAUGGAUUCCCAAUCCCUGCUUUUCCUCGAGUGAUGGGUCAUGAAGGUGUGGGGGUGGUGGAGAGCAUUGGAGAGGGAGUGACAGGACUAAGAGAAGGGGACCUUGUGAUUCCGACCUAUAUAGCGGACUGUAAAACAUGUGAGACUUGUAUGUCUGAAAAGACCAAUUUAUGCUUAAAAUACCCAUUAAGCUACAAGGAGUUAAUGCAGGAUGGCAGUUCAAGGAUGUCCAUCAGAGGUCAAACUGCCUCCCAUGCAUUUUCAUGCUCAACAUGGUGCCAAUACCUGGUUAUUAACGUCAACUUCCUUCUCAAGAUUGACCCGAAAACUCCACUUCCGGAUGCUAGCUUCCUUUCAUGUGGAUUUUCAACCGGAUAUGGGGCUACAUGGAAGGAAGCAAUGGUUCAAAAUGGCUCAUCUGUUGCUGUUUUUGGCCUUGGAGCUGUUGGCUUGGGGGCAAUCAAGGGAGCCAAAAGUCAUGGUGCUAUUAAAGUAAUUGGUAUAGAUAAUAACCCAAUGAAAGCAGCAAAGGGACGAGCAUUUGGAAUGACGGAUUUUAUAAAUCCCGGGGAAUCUGAUAAAUCUAUUGCCGAAUUGGUGAAGGAUUUAACUGCUGGAAUGGGCGUUGACUAUAGCUUUGAAUGUACUGGGGUUCCACCCCUCAUCAAUGAAGCCAUUCAGUCCACAAAAUUGGGAACAGGGAAAAUCAUACAGAUGGGAGUAGAAGAGCCAAAUGUGAAUAUAAACAUCAUAGAGCUUCUCAUUGGAAGAACAUUGAAGGGGUCAAUUUUUGGAGGGCUGAAAGCCAAAACCGACCUUCCAAUUAUAUAUUCAAAAUGUAAAAACAGGGAAAUCCAGCUUGAUGAACUUUUGAGUCAUGAGAUUAAGCUGGAAGAAGUAAACAAAGUUUUUGAGUUGUUGAAGCAACCAGAUUGUGUCAAGAUUUUGAUCAAAAUUUGAUCCCUAUUACUCAUGUUUGCCACAAAUAAAGCAAUGCCAUGUUUAAAUUGCUGUUUUCUAUUCCUGUUUUUUAGUAAACUUAAACUUACACUUGUUUGUAUUA